CUUCGACAAUGGCCAAGCCAACGACGUCGAGCUCCAACAACAAUAGUUGCGAGGCGGUGAACAACAAUAACAACAUCCACAACAGUGGACAGCAGGAGGAGAGCCAGCCCUUGUCGCCCACCCCAGUACCGGCCCCGGCGAACACGCCCCUUAACAAGGCCAUCAAGCAUGACCUCUUUCCGGAGGUCACCUUCUGCAACCUGUCCGUGGAGGAGCUCACAGAUGGGGCCGGCCACAGUCGGGUGGUGAGGAGCAGCAUGAUCGCCAUGGAUGGCGAUGGUACGCUCACCUGCCUGAUGAACGGCAACGGGGGGCAGGUAAAGAGGCGCAAGCGGCUGAUCUCGAACGAGUCCGGGGACUCGAUCGAUUCCAGCACCACGGAGAAGAAAACGCCCAAGAUGCCUGAUGGCGGAUACGGUUGGGUGGUGGUGUUCGCCUCCCUGGUGGUAUCUCUUAUUGCCGACGGGCUGAGCUUCUCGUUCGGCCUCAUCAACGUUCAGCUGCUGGAGUACUUUGGUGAGUCCACCUCGAAGACCGCCUGGAUCUCGUCGCUGUUCUUUUCAGUGCCCCUGCUCAUGGGACCCAUUUGGUCGAACCUGGUGGACAAGUACGGUUGUCGCAAGAUGACCAUCUUAGGCGGCGUGGUGUCCGCCUUCGGGUUCGCCCUCUCCUCCUUCUGCAACUCCAUCGAGAUGCUGAUGGUGACCUUUGGCAUAAUCUCCGGCCUGGGACUGGGCAUUGGCUACGUCACCGCCGUAGUGUCCAUCGCCUUCUGGUUCGACAAGAAGCGCACAUUUGCCACUGGAAUCGGAGCCUCGGGCACGGGCAUUGGAACUUUUGUGUACGCCCGUCUGACUUCCUAUCUUAUUGAGUCGUAUGGAUGGCGGGGAGCUACCCUCAUUCUGGGCGGCACCAUGCUCAACGCCUGCGUGUGCGGCGCCCUAAUGCGGGAUCCCGAUUGGCUGAUUGAGGAGAACCGGCUGGAGAGCCGGUCGCAGAGCGUCACCACCUUCUCGAACUCAAGCGUCUGCCUGGAAGAGAUCAAGAAGCUGCUGGACACGGGGAUCACCAAGGAGGCCGUGCUCGACUCACUGGUGACCAAAAACAACACGGAGGCCAACCAGCAGAUUGAUGAUCCCCUUGACACAGUUCUCAAGCGCUACAGGAGCGAGAUCUUUCUGCCAACCUUCCUGAGCACACAGGAGCUGGACAGCAUCUGCGAGGUGAAGAGCCUAAGCCGGCGCUCCUUGCGUCACAAGGAGGGUGCCGAAGCGCCAUCCCGUGAAAAUCUCCUCUCCAUGUCCUCAGGAGCGGGCGCUUAUCCCCCAUCAACGGCCAUCCUUGGAUCGCCGGAUGACACCCUAAUGGGAGGCAUAGCACAGGAGGCUUCGGAGGCGGCCAAAAAGACCUACCUGGCAUCCAUAGAGACGUUGUCGCCGUCGGAGAAGCGUUCCAUCGGCGCUGGCACCCCAAAUGGGUCGCUGCGCUCCUCGGACGAGGGCUACCUCACACAGAAACACGCGAGCUCCCGCUAUUCGCUAAACGAAAAUCUGUUCAUGGCCAAGCACACGACGCCUUCCAUCUCAAACCUAAAGGUGAACGGUCUGCGUCACAACUCAGUGGAUAUCCUGAGCGAGGACAUGCACUGCUAUUACUCCAAGGACGAGACCUUCGCCCUGCUGGAGCCUAGCAGGCGGACUGGUCCCACGGUAAUAGCUAUUCCGGAGCAGGAGCCGGCGACCAACAGCGAACUGGCCACGCGAAGAGCCCGCCUGGACAGCAUCACUGGAAUCCGGCGGCUGUCGCGCUCCAAGAAGCCCAGCCAGCAUCGAUCCAACCUGCGGCGAAACAUCUCGAUUAGGAACUCCAACUUCCUCAAGGACAUGCGCAUCCACCGCAACUCGAUCCACUACCGCGGCGCCAUGCUGAACACGCACCGCUACCGUCUGCGAGCCUCGUCGUGCCCCAACAUCUAUCGCAACUCGAUGACCACUAUAGCCAAGGAGGAGGAAGAUACCUGGUACGACAAUUUCGUGGACACCAUGAAGUCCAUCUUUGACUUCUCCCUUUUUCUGGACAUGAAGUUUGCCCUCUUCAAUCUGUCAACAUUGUUUUUGUUUAUUUGGUUCAUUAUCCCCUAUCUGUACCUCCCCGAUUACAUGAAGCAAUACGGCUACGAUGUGAGCGUGAGUGCCGUUCUGAUAUCGGCAGUUGGCGUUGCCCAAACAGUGGGAAUGAUUGGACUGGGCUACCUGGGCGACCUGUCCUGGAUGAACAUCAACAUAUGCUACUCGCUGUGUAUGCUGGUCUGCGGAGCCUCGGUGUUCUUCAUGCCCAUGCUGAUGACCAGUUACAAUGGCCUAAUGGUCAUGUGCAUAAUCUUCGGCUUCACAUUCGCCAGCUCAUUCUCGUUUACGCCCAGCAUUCUGGUCAGUAUUGUGGAUUUGGAUGAUUUCACGUGUGCCUACGGUCUGGUGCUGCUGGUGCAAGGGGUGGGAAUGAUCGCUGGCCCACCCAUUGCGGGCGUUAUCUACGAGCAUACUGGCAGAUGGGACGAUUCCUUCUAUUUCGCCGGCAUAUUUAUCGCACUCUCCGGCGUCUGUUCGUAUCUGAUCGAGUUCUGUGAGAAGAAAGCGCCCAAGGAGAGUGAUAGUGAUGUCUCAGAGACUAAAAAAGCUCAACUUUUACACUAGGUUACUUGUACGUACAUUACUUGGUUGCAAGCCAAAACAGAGAAGAGAAGAGAAGCAAACACAACUUGAGGUACUAAAAAUCUGGACUAGCAUUAAAUGUUAACGAGUUUCUUAUGUCAAAUGGUGUUGCAGCCAUAAAAUCAGAGCAGCAUUGUAACUGAAACUAAGCCUAUUUCAUAAGACCUAGCCUGUAAGCCCAUAUACUUGACUUGAUAACUAAUAUAUAACUAACCUAAUAUAUAUAGCUAACGCACUAGGGCAAUUACUAAUAAUCACAUCUUGUGCUCACACCGCAGACAAACUGUUCAAUUUCAAUCAAUAUCAAUGCAGUGCAUCACUGCCAGGUGCAAACGGGUCCCCAAAAAAUUGUCUUCUUUACAAAACGAAAACUAAAAAAAAGUUAUAGGAGAAAAAUAGUUUUAAUUGCCUUACCUUUGGUACGAAUAUUGAUUAAAUAGAAUACAAUAAAAUAACAAUCUAUGUAACGUAUGCAAUAACAAGCGACAAUUUUCCCUAAUAUACCACACAAAAACGUUUUUGUUUCUUCUUAAACUAAAAAAAAAUAAUAUAAAAUCAUAUUUGUACGCUGAACCUCUCGGAUCCGAAUAGUUUUCCAAUCACACAGUUCAAUUGAGGAAAAUUUAACAUUAAAAAUAUAUACCCGUUCUUACUAGAUAAAAUCUUACAAACAAACUCUUGAACGUUUAAGUAUUAUCACACAAAAUACAGACAUUAUUAAUAUGGAAAUAAAAUACAAACUCACCCAGAAGCACAGAAAUAAACAUAAUUAGUAUAUUGUUAUUGAAAAACGCCUAUAAAGUGUAAGCAACAUACGCCGUAAGGAUACAGUUAUAGAACACACUAUAGUCCCGUAGCCGGUUUAUAUAUAAAAGUAAUUGUUGGUUCAAUUCACCUUAGCAAAUAUGUAAAAAAAAACAAAACAAGGAUCACAAUUCUAUACAAUUAUCUACUGAAAACAUAUAUUAUGAAAUAUAAACUUAUAAAACGAAA